UUUCCAAGAUCACGGUUGAGAAGUUUUGUUGUCAGCAACAACCGACGCUGGGAAAAUAACUGAAUUUACAGCUAAAAAUGACCUGAAAUUAAACAUCCAUCGAACGCUAAAUUGAAGUACCACGAAAUUGAGUUGGGGUUUACUGAAAUAACAGAAAUGAGAGGCCGGACCUGACCUGUUGCUUUGAAAAAUCACCUGCGGCGGGAAAUUUAAAAGCAACACUGACAACAAGACCAGGCUGAUUGACGCGUGUCAUCUGUGUAUAUCUCACGAAAUAUAUGCAAUAAUCUUUAUUUUGGCGUCAUGUUCACGGUAAGACUGUUAGAAACGCCCGAAAAUGAUCAAAGCCUUUGACAACUGGGCCUGUACAUUGUUAUUAUCAACUGUAUAAAGACUUGACAUCAGCGAAAACAUCCGAUAUCUCUUAUUGGACUUUCUUAUCGCUGAUGUAAAAGUGGGAAUGGACCCUUGUUGUGUGUCUGCGGUCAGUAAGGCGAGCUUAAACGACUCUACGUCCAGUUCUGAUGCAGCAGAUGUGUUGAUUCAGUCAACCAGAGCUGGUUUGGGUGCCAGCAGAAUGGAAAUACAGCAUAAGAGCCACGAUAAAGUUAAUAUUUACAUCAGGAGACUGUCAGACUCUGAAGAUGUUCGUUCUGUGAAUGAGAGUGAAAUCCCAUCUGUGCAGCGUGCGGAUGUUUCUUCAGCUUUUGAAUCAGCUGAACAACAUCCCAGUGGUCCGUCAAAUCAAUUUGCUGACAUUUUUGGCAAAGCCUCCAGGGAAGAUAAAAAAGUUCAAACUUCAGUCAUGGAGAUAGCAAACUCUAAGUCGAAAGGUGAAGACGUGACAAUUUCUACAUACUCUGCUGAUGGAAGAGGAGCAGUUUCUGCAGCCCUCAGGAAAAGAUCUCAAAGUGUCCCUUUAAGACGUAACGUCACAGUACAAGUGUUGGACCAAGACAGAUCCCAAACUCCAAGAGGCCAGUCAGAAGCUGCUUUUCCAUCAGGAGAUCCCGGGACUUCUGCAAAUGUGGCAGCCAUAACAGCUGCUACUAUCGCCGCCACCGCACCACUUAUCAAGGCUCAGAGUGAGAUGGAGGCUCAGAUCUCUCUGGUAACUGCUGAGCUGAGGAGGCUGCAGCCGGAGAGACCUGAGAACAGUUCUGUUGGGAGAGCAGCCCAUCUGGAGGAACAACUGAACGUUCUGAUGCAGCAGAGACUGCAGCACCUGGAGACCAUCCAAUGUCAGCAGAUCCAGCUGCAGAAUCGCCUUCUGGGGUCGGCUCUGGAUGUCGUAGCGGCUCGGGUGAGCACAGACUCUCAGUCCACCCUGCACGCAGGCUCUGGAAUCACCCAGACAGACGUUCUGCCAGCUCAGAUCUCAGACCGUCACAGCGGCAGACUCUCUGCCACCGAUAAGACCUCUGCUGGAAGGCCAGCGUCUGUCUUAAAGGAUGUGCUCCAAGACAAACAAACAGGUGGCCAUAAAAGCCCCCUGGAGACCCCUGCACCACGUAAAGUCAUUCCUAAACCCACCCACUGGACAUCAUCAACAAACACCAUCAAACCUCAGAGAUCCUGCCUCAGACAUCAAGAAAAUGGCAGACUUCAGGACCAGAGCCCUAAUAACCGGAGGUCUCCCGAGAGAUGUGCCUUGCAGUCUGUCGGGGUAAAGAGGUUCGCCAUGGCAACAGCCGACAACGGCCAACCAGAGAGGUUCAGGAAAAGCCAGACACCACCUAAGGCAACUGUUGCUUUUACUGGAAAUGUACAAACAGAAGAACCAGCUUUCAUGAAGCCACCGAAUGAACAGGAGAACCGGGCACAACAUAUAUCUUCGGCGUCUUCCAGCUCGGCUGUGCAAAGAGCCAAUGAGAUGCUGCAGGAUCUGGGGCGGCUUAAAAAUGAGAUGAGGAGUCUAAUGCAGACUGCUGAUGCGUUUCCUGUGCAGAAUGCCAAGUCGACCCAGAACAGCAGGAGCAGCCAUCUCUCCCCCUCCGCCACGGCCCCGCCUCCUUCCACAACCCCCAUCUCCGUGCCCUCAGAGCCGGUUGAUGCAAUUGCCAUCAGGGCUGCUCCUUCACACAGACCCAGCAUUCUGAAGAGCAUCCAGCCACCCACAUCCAUGUUUGAGGAUGCGGGAAUGGUCCUGAGGCAGGUGAGGCAGAGCAAGAAGGUUCUGGAAGAAAACCUGGAAGCCAUUUUGAGAGCCACAGAUGGAGAGGUGCUUCACACGCAGUUAGAGGCAUUGUCAAAAAACAGAGAUGUCCGUGAAGAGCUGAGGAUAAAGAAGACAGUUGAUGCCUGGAUCAAUACACUCAGCAAGGAGAUUCAGGAUGAGCUGGCGAGGGAGAGCUCUGAGAGGAUUGUGGAGAGGAGCAAUGCUGCAGUCUCUAAAAUGGUGCAGCAGGGCCAGGGGAGCAGGAGCGGACGUGUGGCUGGUCCAAGAGGGGGAGGAAGAGGAAGAGGAAGAGGGGGAGGUGAAACCUCUGCGGCAGACAAGAAAACCUCUCUGAGAGGCUCAGUUAGAGCACAAGCAGAAAACACACUGGCACACAGAAGCACACCUGAGUCGACUCCAAUUGUGCUAAAAACUCAGGAUGAUCAAGAGUAUCUGUCUAGGCUGUAUGGAAAAGCCCUUUAUGAUGGUCAUCGACGAACGCUCAAAAAAAGCCCUUACCUUCGGUUCAACUCCCCUACGCCGAAAUCCAAAACGCAACGACCUAAAAUAGUAGAGACCGUUAAAGGGGUGAAGAUGAAGUCAUCUAAAACCCAAACUAGCCAGUUUGUGGAUGUUGUUCCUGAGCUGCAGUCUUCAGUCUCUGAGCCACGUUUUCUGUUCAGCCCCAGUGAUCCUGCACAACAGCAGCAGCCUGGUUCUCCAGUGCGAGGUUACCUCAUUCCCAUGGCCAUACCUUUAAGUAAGCCCAGAGUGGACAGCCAGGCCACGGUGCCUUCACGGGUCAUCAUUAGUAACAAACCAGCAACCGUAACAACCUCCUUCCCUCCAAUCACUGUUCCUGAACCCAAACUGCCACCUGCUAUUCGGAAACCCAACACCAUCUUACUGGAGGUCCAGUCAAAACCGAAAAAACGGACCCCACAGCUCCAGAUACAGGUCCAGCCUGGUGUGAAUAUAGAGAGUAAUCUGCGCAGCCGGCCAGAUUCCUCUACUCCAGUGAUCCCAGGCGAAACCAUCCUUCCUCCACCUUCACUCCAUGCCGCCGAGGAACCGCGUGCCAGUGAAGAUCGGGAGGAAAAUAUCUUUCCUGGAACCAAUUUCUUGUCCGUAGCUGACAUCAGCCAGGAAACACACGGUGGACUUCCAGACUCUCCUAUAGAGCUCAACGGGCUGCCGUCUCCUCCAGCUGCUCUGUAUCACGGCCCGGCCUUUCCUCCACAGCCUUCCCAGUCCACACCUCUGACCGAGCCCAUCCUGAGCACCAUCCAGCAGAGAGAAACCCUGGAGAACAGGCUGGUGGAUUGGGUGGAGCAACAGCUGAUGGCCAGAAUGAUCACAGGAAUGUUCCCUCAGCCGGUCCAGACUUAUCCAGCCAGCCAAUCAGAGCUGGAGAAUAGUGUGACAUCAGACAUAGUGGAGGCCGCAGGUGGUGGUGGUCUUCAGUUGUUUGUGGACACAGGGGUACCAGUGGACUCUGAGCUCAUAAGACAGUGUGUAAAUGAAGUGCUGGCUGAAACGGUUGCAGUAAUGCUGGGACAGAGAGAGAGACAGAGAGAACCCGCUGCUCCUAUUCAAACACAGGACGCUCAGGAGGAGGUGACUAAGGUACCGACACCGGCACUUACUCCUGAGCCCAGUUCCAAAGAGCCGCCAUCUCCUGUCAGAACCCCCGAUCUCUCCGAACAUCUUUCUGCAGCUCUGUCUCCCAAAGAAAAGCAUCAUGAAUCUACUUCAUCAGGUCCAGAUAGGAUUCCUGUGGGUACUCCGACUACCACACCAAUCCCAUCUCCCACCAGGGUGGCCACACCCUCUCCUCCUCCAGCCAAUCAGAGCCCAGAUCCAGGCAACCUCCAGAAUCACCCAUGGGAAGGAACAGAGCUCCCCCUGGAGGAGGAACAGCCAUCAGCACCAGUUGUGAUGUCAGCAGCCCAAGAGAACAACGAGGAAGAAUCAGUCAUCCAUCCAUCUUCACCUCUCCCCUCCAAACCCAAGACUCCCCCUCCUUCUCUUCCUCCUGUGAGCCAGGAACCUCCGCCCGCUUCCACCCCUGAAUCUUCCUCCUCGUCCUCAGAGAGCAGCUCUAGUUCUAGUGCGACUGUCACUGAGACGGAGACAGCAGCCAGGCACAUCUCAGAGGGAGAGCUGCUGCUCGCUCACGGCCAGAUGGUGGCAGUCAGAGUUCUUGAAGAGGAAGGAGUCCUUCUGCCUAAUUUGCUGACCAGCUUGAACGGUUCCCUGCACGGAGUCCAAGAUAUGGACUAUGAUCCGCCCAGUGAAGGUCAGGUUAUCGGCGCUCCUCGCAUUCCUGCUCAUCAUGAUCCCAUCCUGUCUCUGUUGGCCAGAAUGGAACGUGGACCUGUCAGCCAAUCACAGCAGCCAGAGAAAUGGUGGGAGGAGGAGAGCAGUGGAGAGGUCAGUGAGGGUCAGAGACCACUUCUGACGACGGCUGAAGAGAUUGUGCUGACGGGACACUCACUCUUAGAUCAGCAGAGACACACACAGAACAGAUCCGCAGAGAUCUCACCCCACGCCACACUCACAUCGCCUGGACAAGUGCUCGCCGUCCACACGGGUGCUGUGGUUGAAGACACUGGGCUGUCAGUCAACCUCGGGUCAUCUGAGGAACGGAAGGAAGCUGAGGUUCAUCAUCAUGUGAUGACUGUCUCCUCCCCGCAGGACGCACAAAAUCAUAGCUCCCCGAGAGCACAGGCCGUCCACAGAGCCGCACCAAUCCUGGUGAGACAGUAUGAAGACAAAGAAGAACCAGAGUUGCCCAGGUUGAGGAGACUUUCAGAUGACACCUUUUUUGGGGACAACGCUGAAGGUGAAGACGUUUUUCAGCACGCAGAAGGAGGAGGAAGUGAUGUCAGAGUGAUGUCAGUGAGGCUGCCGUCAGUCAAACAGGAUCAGGAGUCUGUCAGCCUCAGCUCUGUCGAAGGCGAUACGGACUCUUCUGCUAAUGAUGUGUUUUAACAGCGACGACCCUGUGAAAACUCUCCGACAGGAAACUGCUAAGUGCCUGAAAGGAAGGAGAUGUUCUCAGCCUUAAAUUAUUCACAUCACAAAAACCCAUAUUUGGAUGACAGCGCAAGAGAUACAAUGAACUUUUUCUAAUGUCUCUUGCCUCAAUGUUAAAUGAAACCAUAUGUGCUGUUGUUUGCUGUGUGACUGCACUUUUUUAUACAAAUAAAUUUUAAACAAAUUGA